CCCGCUUUUUAAUAACUUACCCGAUUAAAUUGCUCGACAGUUUACACACGCAAAUCGCAGCAAAGUGGGAACUUUUCAGAAAACAAAAAUGGCGAAAGCGAUUCGGUUCUUUGAGUUGAACACUGGGGCCAAGAUCCCGUCCCUCGGUUUGGGCACGUGGCAGGCUGAGCCCGGCGUCGUUGCCGCCGCCGUCACCACCGCCAUUAAGGUCGGGUACCGGCAUAUUGAUUGUGCUCAAGCGUAUGGCAAUGAAAAGGAGAUUGGGUUUGCUCUGAAGAAGCUUUAUGAUGAUGGUGUGGUGAAGCGUGAGGACCUAUGGAUCACUUCAAAACUCUGGUGCAAUAAUCAUGAACCAGAAGAUGUGCCAAAAGCACUAGAUAGUACCCUGCAAGACUUACAACUCGACUAUCUCGAUCUCUAUCUAAUCCACUGGCCUGUCAAGAUGAAGAAGGGUUCAACUGGCUUUAAGACUGAAAACCUUGCCCGACCUGACAUAGCCAGUACUUGGAAAGCAAUGGAGGCACUUUAUGAUUCUCGCAAGGCCAGGGCCAUAGGGGUUAGCAAUUUUUCUACAAAGAAGCUUGGAGACCUAUUAACAGUGGCACGAGUGCCUCCGGCUGUUAAUCAAGUGGAAUUGCACCCUCAAUGGCAGCAGCCAAAGCUAAAAGAAUUCUGCAAAUCCAAGGGAGUUCACUUAACCGGGUAUUCACCAUUGGGAUCCCCAGGCACAAGCAGCAUUAAGGGUGAUGUGCUUAAGAAUCCGAUUCUUACAUCGGUGGCAGAGAAGCUGGGCAAGACUCCUGCACAAGUGGCUAUCCGGUGGGGGCUCCAGUCAGGUCACAGUGUACUGCCUAAGAGCACAAAGGAGGCAAGGAUCAAGGAGAACUUCGAUGUUUUUGAUUGGUCUAUACCUGAAGAUUUGUUUGCAAAGUUUGCUGAAGCAAAGCAGGAGAGGCUGCUUAAAGGUACCGGAUUCGUCCACGAGACUUCCGAAGGUUACAAGACCAUCGAGGAACUUUGGGACGGCGAAUUGUGAGCAUAACCUGGAUGAGCUGAUGUUAGAAACAUUUGGCUUUUCUAUAUGCCUUUCUUUAGCUUGUAUGUUUGGUUGUAGCUUGAUUUUCAUUAGCUUCAUGACAAAUGGUGGAUUCAGAAGUUGUGGCACUUCUGUUGAGCUUUGUUUUUUUUUUUUUUUUUACUUUUAAAGAUACAUUCAGCUUUAAUGACAUAUAAAAUCCUGUGCUGCUUCAGCGUAUUGGACUUUGUCAUGAAAUUAUGAAUCUUGAUGGAGAUUUUUCUUUGUUCGUCCGGUUAA